AAGACGAAGAAGAAGAAGAAGACCGCCACCAUGAGAGAAAUCGUGCACCUGCAGGCCGGUCAGUGCGGUAACCAGAUUGGAGCUAAGUUCUGGGAGAUCAUCUCCGAGGAGCACGGUAUUGAUGCCACCGGUGUCUACAAUGGGGAGUCCGAUCUACAGCUGGAACGCGUAAGCGUUUACUACAACGAAGCCUCAGUUUCCCGCUCGUCCGGUGGGAAGUAUGUGCCGCGCGCCAUCCUGCUCGAUCUGGAGCCGGGAACGAUGGAGGCGGUCCGCUCCGGCCCGUACGGCAAGCUGUUCCGCCCGGAUAACUUUGUGUUCGGGCAGUCCGGUGCCGGUAACAACUGGGCCAAGGGCCACUACACCGAGGGUGCUGAGUUGGUCGACGCCGUGCUGGAUGUGGUGCGCAAGGAGUGCGAGAACUGCGACUGUCUGCAGGGGUUCCAGUUGACGCACUCGCUCGGCGGAGGUACCGGAUCGGGUAUGGGCACGCUGCUGAUCUCGAAGAUCCGUGAGGAGUACCCGGAUCGCAUCAUGAACACGUACUCGGUGGUGCCGUCGCCGAAGGUGUCCGACACGGUGGUGGAGCCGUACAAUGCGACGCUCUCGAUCCACCAGCUGGUGGAGAACACCGACGAGACGUACUGCAUCGACAACGAGGCGCUGUACGACAUCUGCUUCCGCACGCUGAAGGUGCCGAAUCCGAGCUACGGCGAUCUGAACCAUCUCGUCUCGCUGACGAUGUCCGGCGUCACCACCUGCCUGCGGUUCCCGGGUCAGCUGAACGCCGAUCUGCGCAAGCUGGCCGUCAACAUGGUGCCGUUCCCGCGUCUGCACUUCUUCAUGCCCGGAUUCGCGCCGCUGACGUCCCGUGGCUCGCAACAGUACCGCGCACUGACCGUGCCGGAGCUGACGCAACAGAUGUUCGAUGCGAAGAACAUGAUGGCCGCGUGCGAUCCGCGCCACGGUCGCUACCUGACGGUCGCCGCCGUCUUCCGUGGGCGCAUGUCGAUGAAGGAGGUCGACGAGCAGAUGCUGGCGGUGCAGAACAAGAACAGCAGCUACUUCGUCGAGUGGAUCCCGAACAACGUCAAGACCGCCGUCUGUGAUAUUCCGCCGAAGGGGCUCAAGAUGUCGUCGACGUUCAUCGGCAACACCACCGCCAUCCAGGAGCUGUUCAAGCGCAUCUCCGAGCAGUUCUCCGCUAUGUUCCGUCGCAAGGCCUUCUUGCAUUGGUACACCGGCGAGGGUAUGGACGAGAUGGAGUUCACCGAGGCCGAGAGCAACAUGAACGAUUUGGUGUCCGAGUACCAGCAGUACCAAGAGGCGACCGCCGACGACGAGUUCGAGCAGGAGGAAUGCCAGGACGAGAUGGAGGGCGAAUGCGUCUGAGCGGCCGGCCGGAGCGAGGGGACGCUGUUCCAUCUCCAGCGUAACCGACAAUCUGUGCGGAUGGUGCGCUGCCCACUUUCGCAUUUUUUUUAUUAUUUAUUACAAUUUCUCGUAGCUAGGCAAACGAUUUU